UGACGGGGGCGCGCGCGCUCUUGCUGCUGCUGCUCUCUGACUCUCUCAGUGUCCCUGCUCUGCAAAGAUGGGGCCUCCGCGGCCUUCGCAGCUCUUCUUCUUGGUCUUCUUCCUCCUCCUCCUCCUCUUGGGCCUGGUCUGUUCCAAUGGACGGAAGCCCAACGUGGUCCUUAUUCUGACAGACGACCAGGACAUCCAGCUGGGAGGGAUGAUACCACUGAAAAAGACAAAUGCCCUCAUUGCAGAGAUGGGGAUAACAUUCUCAAAUGCAUAUGUGCCCAGUGCAUUGUGCUGUCCCAGCAGAGCCAGCAUCUUGACAGGGAAGUAUCCACAUAAUCACCAUGUUGUCAAUAACACUUUGGAGGGAAAUUGCAGUAGCAAAUCCUGGCAGAAGAUUCAGGAACCAUAUACCUUUCCAGCUAUCCUGAAGUCUAUGUGUGGCUAUCAGACAUUCUUUGCUGGGAAGUAUUUGAAUGAGUAUGGAGCAGAAGAUGCGGGAGGAAUUGGUCAUGUUCCUCCUGGGUGGAGUUUUUGGUAUGCCUUGGAAAAAAAUUCCAAAUAUUACAAUUACACACUUUCUGUAAAUGGAAAACCACGAAGGCAUGGUGGGAAUUACAGUGUUGAUUAUCUGACAGAUGUACUGGCCAACAUGUCAUUGGAUUUUCUUGAAUAUAAAUCCAACUUUGAACCAUUCUUUAUGAUGAUAGCAACUCCAGCACCUCACUCACCUUGGGUGGCUGCUCCCCAGUAUACGAAGAGUUUUGCAAAUGUCAGUGCUCCAAGAAACAGUAAUUUUAAUAUCCACGGAAAGGACAAGCAUUGGCUCAUCAGGCAAGCAAAGACUCCCAUGACUAAUUCAUCAAUACAAUUUCUAGAUGAUGCUUUUAGGAAAAGAUGGCAGACACUACUUUCAGUGGAUGAUCUGAUAGAAAAACUUGUGAAGAGGCUGGAAUUUCAUGGAGAGCUGGAUAAUACAUAUAUUUUUUACACAUCAGACAAUGGCUUCCAUACAGGUCAGUUUUCUUUGCCAAUUGACAAACGACAGCUGUAUGAGUUUGACAUUAAAGUUCCAUUGCUGGUUCGAGGUCCAGGAGUCAAACCCAACCAGACAAACAAGAUGCUUGUGGCAAACAUUGAUUUGGGUCCUACUAUUUUAGAUAUUGCAGGCUAUGAUUUAAAUAAAACACAGAUGGAUGGCAUGUCAUUAUUACCAUUGCUGAGAGGAGAUGCAAAUGUGACCUGGAGAUCAGAUGUUUUAGUUGAAUACCAGGGAGAAGGACAUAACAGUACCGAUCCUACCUGUCCUGCUCUUGGGCCUGGUGUCACUCAUUGUUUUCCAGAUUGUGUUUGUGAAGAUGCAUAUAAUAAUACAUAUGCAUGCGUAAGGACGCUAUCAUCGUCAUGGGAUUUGCAGUACUGUGAAUUUGAUGAUCGUGAGGUGUUUGUUGAAGUUUAUAACCUGACUGCAGACCCACAUCAGAUUACUAAUAUUGCAAAAACAAUAGAUCAAGAAAUCUUAGAAAAGAUGAACUAUCGACUAAUGAUGUUGCAGUCCUGUACUGGAGCAACAUGCCGUACUCCAGGAGUCUUUGAACCCGGGUACAAGUUCAAUCCACACUUGAUGUUCAGCAACCAUGGAAUUCAGACUCGCAGACUUUUUACACGUUCAUUAUAGUGGCAUCUGCUAACCUACUUGUUACAUGUGUCUGUUUCUUCAAAGUGACUGCAGAAGAUCUGCCUAAUCCACUCUGACUACAUCUGAAAGACUUGAUCGGCUGGCUAUGGGAGAAAAUAACCUCUCAAGCUGGUUGCUGCCUUGUGCAAUACAUGUUCAUUAAAGACAUGGUCAGUCUAGUCCACUCAAAUCUGAUGACCACAUCAAUCUCAACGUUUCAUCCUGAAGUACAAUAUUAAUUUUUGACAUGCAUCGAAUAUCCCUGCUUGGUGUAAAUGAAAGACUGAGGCUUAGCUUCUUAAAAGCUUACUACAUGGAGAGGUGGUCGUAUGCUGGGCCAGCUAUGUACGCAGAGGCUACAGACUGUCUUCCCAUAGUUACAGCCACUACCUGAUAAGCUUUUAAGAGGAUUGGUUGCAUUUGUAUUCUGAAUCUAGUAUAAUUAAGUUAACCAGGGAGGUUGCCAUUCAUUUUCUUCUCAGCUUUUCAAGGCUCAGCUGGAAUUGCUGAUUAGAACUUGUGUGCCUGUUACUGUCAGAUGUUACACAUGCCUCUUAGGUAUAAUCAGCUCUAGUGUUCAAUCCAGAACCCACUAAACCACUAAAGCAGCAUUUCCCCAAAGAUGAAUGGUACAUUAUAGUCCAGCAUAUUUUCUAUUUUGUACAGAAACUAACAAUUUUAAGUGUGACAGUUUAAUUGAACAAUUUACAUUCUCAAAAGGAAAGUAAUACCUAACAUCCUAAUGUUGCAGUAUAUUCCAGAAAAGGGGGUUCUAGUGCCCCUUAUCAAAAAGUUGGUCUAUGAUUUAAAACAAGAAAAACCAAACAGUUCUAAGCCUGCAUGAAGAGCAUUUUGUGUCAGAGCUUAGGAAAUCAUGUUUCUUUGGUAUCUAGACUUGAUUUUUGAUAAAGGAGUAAUUCUUUUCUUUUCUUGAUUGUUAUAUGCCUAUUUGUGAAUAUGUAUUAGCAUUUAUUGAAUAUGUAGAAGUUAUCAGUAUUUAAUACUUGCACUUUUUAAUUUAAUAUCACAAAAAGAUGGUUCAUUAUAAUACUACUUGUUUGGAUGCUGGACCAAUUGUCCCCUGGAAUACUUUUUGUCACUUGUGCAAUGACACAGGUAGUGUACAAACAGUAGAAGCAGGUGAGAGCCAUUUUGUAUGCAUAUAAACUGGUUUAUCCCUUAAACAGUAUAUCCAUGAACAACUAGAAAUAAUAUCUGAAAACUCUUUCUAUGACAUUUUUAGGAAGUAAUAAUUGACUUUAUUUUUCAAAAAGAUCUACUUAAUGUAUGCUGUGCCUGGUGAACUAGAAAAGGAAAGCUUAGGCCAUAUCAUCGGUAUGGGUUUCAAGUGCAGUCAAGCGAGAAACAGGCUUUAGUUUAUUGGACACAAGCAAAUGGAAGUAGCUUCUUCAACCUAGGCUGUUGUUUCAAGCCAAUUUAUGCAUGUUGUGUUCUGACAGACCUCCAUUUGAUUGCAGCACUCCAGAAUACACAUGGGGGAUUGUUUCUUGGAAAGUGCUCACUGUCAAAACUGCCUGACAACCCGGAUUUCUUUCUGCCAUGCAGACUUUCCAUACCCUAAUGAAUUUUAAUAUACAUUUUCUGAUAAUGGAUUCCCUAAUUCAUAGUUUUGUAGUGAUACAUUCCCAUGAGAAAACUAAGCUCCUUACAUGCCACCCUGAAUGGUUGAAUUGUAUUUUAACGUUUUCAAGAUACACAAAAAGGCAAGUAUAUGUUAUUUGGCCAGAUGUAAAUAUUGAAAGGGAAUACAUGCAGCUUUCCUCUCUGAUGCAAUGUAUCCUUGUACUUAGAAAUAUUAGAGUAUAAAAUCUGAGACAAAAUGCCAGUGCAAGUAGCAGAUGGACUGUCAAAAUUCCUCUGAUGGAAGUUUUAGAAAGGGCUUAUGCAAAUGACAAGUAACUUUCUUGAAAUGGAGAGCAGCAAAUAGGAGGCUAGUUACAUGUUUCUCAGAAGAAAAUAAUCACUAGUCAGUAGGGGAAAGUUCUUUUUUAAGUAUCUUCACAAACUUAAGCAUUUUCUUUACUCUGUCCUGAAAGAAAGUAAUACUUAAGAUUGCUACAUUUAACAUAGAAUAGGAAUGUUGCAAGUCAGAAGGUUCAUCUUGUAAAUUUACAAAUUAGAUUAGACGUCUUUGACAAAAGGUGCAAGAUGCUUUCUCUCUCUGGAUAUGGUUAGCAGUGUCAGGAGAAUCUCAUGAAACAAGGUAAGAAUGUGUGAUGCGAGAUUUGCAUACAAAAUGAAAUACUUGAACUGGGUGUGUGUGCAGUCCCUCCCUCAGAUAGGAAGUUCUCGUUUUACCCCUUUAUAAAAAUUCCUCAGACUUUUGUAUCACAAUUGUAUUAUUUCUGGUCUGCUGUUUUGAACAAAUGAAAAUAUAAAUGGCCAUAUCCUAUAGCCUCUGAUAAGCAAGAUCUUUGAUUUGGCUGCAGUCUACUUGCACUUUACCACAAAAGAGCUAUCCAGUUGUUGGAUAUUAACAGAGGCCUUACAGAGUAUUAGUCUUAAAAUUUAAUUCUCUCAUACAUUUUAAACAGGACCUGCUUGGCCAUAACAUGGCAACAAAUCAUGCCAUGUUAAAAUGGAUGGGACUUCAAAUGUGUGGCAGACAGCUGUACACAGAACUGCUCUCCAUAAUGGAGUAGUUGCCAUGUAACAGAAGAAUUAGCUGUGAGUUGACUUCAGUUCUAAAUUAGAUCUUGUAUCUGACUCUUGGUUUAGUUUUUGGUUCUUGUGAUAACCAGCAAGUAAGUUUUAUUAACUAAACUGGAACUGAUAUCUUAAUGGCAAUUUUUAAGGGCAAGUAAUGCUUCCCCAGACUAUAUUAACAUGAGAUGUUCAUCCUAUUAAAAAUCAGUUGAUCAAAAUGCUAUUAAAAACAACAAACCAAUUAUCUCGAAAGUCUAUUUGAUGAGGUACACAGAAUAGACAGCUAUUACACCUAUUUGAUGUAAGAUUUUUUUUUAAUUACUUGUGACAGGCAGCCUUCCUUGGUAUUUGAUUUCCCCCUUUACAGUACAACACAAUAGAAAUUAUAACCACUAUAAGAAUUGUCUCCAAUGCUGCUUGAAGCCGUGGCAUUGGCUGUUCUGUCUUCUUUAAUGUUAACUAUAUUUCUGUUUCUGAUGUGUUCCCUCAAUGCUGUAUGACAAACUGUGUACACAUAUGUUUUCUAUCUCAUGGAUAAUACUGUUUAGUUUAGGAAGUGCCCUUUGAAGAACCCUGUAUUAUUGCUGCACUUUUCGGUGAUUAAAAUUCUGUCUACAAAAAAUAUUGUGUCCUCGAAUAUGAAAAAAAGAAAAAGAAAAACAUAUGUUAGACUAGAACACACACAUAUCUGAAAUUCUGGCAGCUCGACAGUUCUUUGAUACUUCAAAAUAUACUGAUUUAGGGGUUAUGCACAGAGAGGAAACUCUGUUUAUUGGAACAGAGAUUAUAUAUAGAUACAUUAAAAGAAAAAGGAGAAAAAAUGAAGAAACAGAAAAUAAGGAUUUGGAAGCAAAGAAAAAACACUUCCAGUCUUCCUUUCAGCAGUUAUAUAAUGCAAUUAUUUCUAGCCUCUCUAGAUAAAAAUCCUAUGGUACAUUUCUUUCCAUACCCUAUUUCUCAAAACUAAAAGUAUUUCUUCCCAAGAACAGCAUUGCUGUCAUUAAAAUACUAUUUUUCUGUAAUAAUCUUAAGCAAACCAUUAAUCAUGUUAUAAGUAUGCAAUAUUAAUCCUC